CGGUCCCGCCAUGAGUCCCGCGCGCCCCUACGCGACGCCUGAUUGGCCCGGCCAUGGUUUUUUUUGCUUGCUGAUACGGAAUCUCGCUUGUAGUACUCGACGAAUAGCACAACUAUCUAGAACUGUCAAAUUGGAACCAAACCGAUGUCAAUAUUGUUUUCGGUGUUAUUCCACUAAAAAUAGCGGCUAUUAAUUCAAACAUCCAUUAUGCCGUGUGAAAUGAUAACGUUGCAGCUGGGCCAAUGUGGAAACCAGAUUGGGUUUGAGUUCUGGAAAAGACUUUGUGCCGAGCAUGGGAUAAAUCCUGAAGGUAUCCUCGAGGAUUAUGCAACAGAAGGAACGGAUAGAAAAGAUGUAUUUUUCUACCAAUCAGAUGAUGAACACUACAUUCCACGUGCCGUUCUCCUAGAUCUCGAGCCUAGAGUCAUACACACUAUUAUGAAUUCACCGUACUCCAAGCUCUAUAAUCCAGAGAAUAUUUAUUUAUCAAAACAUGGAGGUGGAGCCGGAAACAAUUGGGCAUCUGGCUAUCAUCAGGGUGAAAAACUUCAAGAGGAAAUAUUCGAUAUUCUAGAUAGAGAAGCAGAUGGCAGCGACAGCCUGGAGGGAUUUGUUUUGUGUCACUCCAUUGCCGGAGGCACAGGCUCAGGCAUGGGUUCUUUCAUGUUGGAAAGCUUGGCGGACAGGUUUCCUAAAAAGCUGAUAGAAACGUAUAGUGUGUUCCCAAACCAGGAUGAGAUCAGCGAUGUUGUUGUGCAGCCUUAUAACUCGCUGUUGACACUAAAGCGGCUGACACAAUGCGCAGACUGCGUCGUUGUCCUGGAUAAUACAGCUCUCAAUCGAAUUGCAUCCGAUCGUCUACACAUACAGAAUCCGAGCUUUACACAAAUCAAUAAACUCGUUUCCACCAUUAUGUCAGUUAGCACAACCACACUCAGGUAUCCCUCAUAUAUGAAUAACGAUUUGGUUGGACUUAUUGCACCACUCAUACCCACCCCAAGGUUACACUUUCUCAUGACGGGAUACACUCCACUUACCACCGACCAAGAGGGAGCCUCAGUUCGCAAAACUUCGGUCCUGGAUGUUAUGAGACGGCUACUGCAGCCUAAAAAUAUGAUGGUUUCAACUGCUCUGGACCGAAACGCAGCUCACUGUUACAUAUCGAUCUUGAAUAUCAUACAGGGAGAAGUUGAUCCAACACAAGUGCACAAGUCUCUUCAAAGAAUCAGGGAGAGAAAACUGGCACAAUUUAUACCUUGGGGACCAGCCAGCAUACAAGUUGCACUAUCGAGAAAAUCCCCAUACAUACAGAGCACUCACAGAGUUUCUGGACUCAUGCUUGCAAAUCAUACCAACAUAUCUUCGCUUUUUGAUCGAGCUCUUCAACAAUACGACAAGUUACGAAAGCGAGAAGCCUUUUUGGAGCAAUUUCGUAAAGAAAAAAUGUUUGAGGAUAAUCUAGAUGAAUUGGACCAUUCGCGUCAAGUGGUUGAAGACCUCGUCAAGGAGUAUCAGGCUGCUACCAGGCCAGAUUAUCUAACGUGGAGUCCUGUGAAGAGCGACUAACAAUUCCGCAUGCUUGAUGGAGGUAGGGUAGCGAUUGUGAUGUAUCCAGUAUGACCUGGCAGCGAAUGGGCAUGUGACACGGUUACCAGUCUCUCCUGUCCACCAGCCUCUCUGCCAUUCUUGAGAUUUUUGCCAUCGGUUUGCUGUGCAACAAAAAACAAUGAAUUCAACAUCUUCCACAUUGUGUGUGUAAUACCAAAGGUAUAUUUUUACACAACUGAAAUAGAAUCUCAAAUUUGCUUUCCUAAGUUGUGAUGAUUUUCGAAGAAUUUAAUUCCCUUAGAAAUAAAAAUCCCAUUCGUGGGUACUGUUAAUAAAUUAACACAAAUGAA